UGUUUAUCUUUCAUCCAACAUUAAUCGACAGAUUUUCAUACAAAACUGACGUGCAUUUAAUAAUUAACACCAAUUCAAACUUAAUUAACAACUCGAUAAUUUAAUAUAAAUGUUAAUUAAUAAAUAAACACAAAAAAUAACCAACAAAUAACUCAUUGUGCAAAUGUACUAAUAUGACAGAAGUGGAUAAAAUUCAAGUGGAUAGAAUUAAAUAUGUUUGAUAUAGUUUAAUUAAUUUAAUAACUAAUUAUGUAUUUUUUAGUUGUUAGAAAUGAGGACUUUUUAAGCCUUUAUAUUUAAGUAGAAAAUAUAAAAAACAGGAAUACACGAACAGCUGACGAAUUAUUAGAACAGAUUUAGUGUCUUCGAUCCCCCGCAAUGGACACCAGGAACUACGGCAGCACCCAGAGUCACCAGACGGAUGUGGUGCCCACGUUGCCGGAGACUGUUCGUCUGUUACCGGACGUCGUCGCCGCCAAUUUGAGCCGAUACUCGAGGAGGCCGAGGAACUCUCUGCUCUUUCUGUUCGUCAUGUUCUAUGUCCUGUAUCUGGUCACUGGGGGGCUCAUCUUUUCCGCCCUUGAGACUCCUUUGGAGAGCCAAUUGCAGCAGGAGAUCUUGCAAACGAGGCAGAAGUUUUUGAAUGACUAUCCUUGCGUUGACGAGGCUGCUUUAGAAACGCUGAUAAGAAAAGUGUUGGCAGCCAGCGACAAUGGUGUGUCCGCCGUCAAAAACGCAACUGGUGACUCUAAUUGGACAUUUGCCAAGUCCCUGUUUUUCUCCAGCACCAUCAUCACCACCAUAGGUUAUGGUCAGGUCAGUCCGGUGAGCCAAUCGGGCAAAAUCUUCUGCAUGCUCUACGGCUGUGCAGGAAUCCCUCUAACCCUGGUUUUGUUUUCCGCCCUUGUCGAGCGAAUGCUGACCCCUGCCAGGGGCUUCCUGAGGCUCCUGAUGACCAGGCUGGCCGGACGGUGCAGGCCGUUCGGGGUCAGACUGUUGCAUUUGAUGUUAUACGUAUCUUUCGUCCUGGUGUUCUUUUUCUUCAUUCCUGCAACAAUAUUCAAUUACCUGGAACCAGAAUGGGAUUAUCUGGACUCUAUUUAUUAUUGUUUUAUCUCAUUGACAACCAUCGGCUUGGGUGACUACGUUCCUGGUGAUGCCACAGUCUCGCCCUACAGGGCUUUUUAUAAGAUAGCCACGACAU